GUUGCCACUCGCUUCCUUUGCCAUGACAGCUCUAGUGAAGCUAUAAAUUAGAGAUUACAUGGCAACAUUAAUUGUUUAUUGACAAGACUAAUGACAGACGGCGGGGUCUCGACCGAAGGCAGCUUACCUUAAUUUAAGGAUUUUUUGACUUAUUAAGUGGAUUAUUUCCAUAUUUAUUCGUUAUUUAAGUGAAAAUGUGGAUUAUGGAUGCCUUUUAACAGUUCACGCACGUUCCUGCGUGCAUAUAGUGCUAUAAAAUGUAUAUUCGGUGUAUGUUAGGAGCCAUUUUUAUUAUAUUUAUUUUGUGCGUUCAUUGUGAUAAUGCAGCUAAUUACAACGAAAGCAAGGAAAUUUACGUUCCGUCCGCGCCACAGAACCUAACCGCGAAGGCAGUGACAUCCGAGGACAUCCACCUCUUCUGGGCCCCGCCGAGUAACUUCACCCGCCACCCCGAGCCGAAGAGAGAGCUACAGGGAGACCAGCCCGCGCAGUUCGACUGGUACAAGAAGGAUCAGCUCAAGUACAACGAUGAAUUCUCUUCGUCGGACAUUUUGAACGGCAUGAGGAAGCGGGAUUUGCGCUCGCAUAGGCAUAGGAAGCGUCGCCAAGAUAACGCCACAGAGCACAACAUUCACGCCGAGCACUCGGACGGUAUGGACACGCAUCUCGACAUAGAGGUCGUAAAGAAGUCGUUCACACCGGCGUACCCGCAUAAGGACGCGACGCAAAUCGCCUAUGUCCUCUAUUACGAACAGGGACAGCCUAAGGUCGACGCGGCGCCGGUGAUUGGAAUCCCUAGCUCGGCCGAUGUGAAGAAGAUGAACUAUUUCUCUAGCGAUCUGACGAUGGCGGAUUAUUCGAAGGCUACUAGAAAUCUGACGCUGCUCAAUACGGCUGGGAAGCUGACGAAAGUCGUCGGGUUUAAGUUGAGGAAUUUAAAGCCCUUCACGCCAUACAAGAUCUGGGUGCGAGCAUUCUACAGUUUCUCACUAGAUGGCGUCAAGUCGUCAGAUCUUUUAGAGCGUUUGGGCGACGCGUCGACGCCUUUAUACGUCCUCACUGACGUCAAGCCGCCGUCGCCACCGAUCAUAAUGAAUCUCACUUGCGACCAGCCCAAUGGUGUCCUCUACCUCCAAUGGCGGCAACCUCUGGAAUACAACAACACCUUAGACCAGUACGUGGUGACCUUGCGGAAGAUACCGGAGCUGCAGCCCCGGACCAGGCUCAAACUGCCCACCAGCAAGGCCGAUAUCGAAACUACCAUCAGUGUCUCUGUGGAGCUGUGGAACGCGACACGCUACGAGGUCAAGAUAUACGCCGUCACGCUGUCCGUGGCCACGCCUUUGCUUCUAGUCAACGGAACCACAUCCGAGCCUAAGGAGGUUUCCCCCGAGUGGUGCCAAGUCCACCCCGAGGCUCGAGCGCCGAGCGACCAAAUAGAACAAUCUACUAUGAACGCCGCCAUAUUAGGUGCGGGCGCCAUCGCCCUGCUCGCCUGCGUCGGCGCCGCCCUACUAUACUGGAGGUGCAGAUCCCGUCUAAGCAAGUGCAUCAGCGCCGCCUACAAUUACCUAGAGGAAGGCGGCGAGAGAGCCGCCAGGGCGCCAUUAAACUCGUACAAGAAACCUGUGGUAAACUGUUCCCCACUGCGGCCGGCGGGUUCCCCCACACCGGCGGGGCCGGAGAGUUCAGCCAAACCGCCCCGCAUCGGCGGCGCGCAGCAUCCCGUAGUGUGCGCCAGAGACUUCCCGAAGCAUGUCGCUGCCCUGCACGCGGAUGGUGACAUUGGAUUCAGCAAAGAGUACGAGAUAGUGGUUGCGAAGUCUGCCGCGCUCGGUCACACGAGCCACUACAGCCAUCGGCCAGAGAACCGGCUCAAGAACCGCUAUUUGAACAUCACUGCAUAUGACCACUCGCGCGUGUGCGUGUCGUCGGGCGCGCGCUGCGGCGCGGCGGGCUGCGCGGGCGCGGCGGCGGCGGCGGCGGCGGCGGCGGCGGCGGCGGCGGCGGGCGGCGCGCAGUGCGGCUACGUCAACGCCAACUUCAUCGACGGCAUCCGCGACCAGCUCGACGCCAACACCCGGCGGAAGAUCGACCGCAAGAUACGCAGACAACCAUCAGUUAAACCCGCCAAGCCGCCGCCCAUAGUCGCGGAAGGUAUCGAGAGCGCGUUCCUCAACAUCGAAUUCUCCGGAAUCGUGGAGAGCGAGCAGAGCGAUAGCGACAGCGAGCGAAGCGAUAGCGAUCCGGAUCUCGACGAUGUUUACGUCGACGUUGAUGGCGUCCCUACCAGAGUGAAGCUAGAGUGGCUAGUAUGGAAGCGGCGCUACAUAGCGACUCAAGGCCCCACCCCGCACACGCUCGACGCGUUCUGGCGCAUGAUCUGGCAACACAAAGUCCACACUGUCGUCAUGAUUACCAACCUAGUUGAACGAGGGCGGCGUAAAUGCGACAUGUACUGGCCGGGUGGCGGCCGGGGCAGCUCCGCGGAGUUCGGUGGUGUGCACGUCACAUUACUACACGAAGAUGUACGCGCCGCCUACACCGUGCGCCAUCUGCGGGCGAAGAACAACAACCCGAAAUCGGAUAGCGAGCCAGCAAGUCCAGUGAACGAAGCCGACGCGGCCGGUCGCAUUAUAGUCCAAUACCAUUACACAGUAUGGCCCGACCACGGCACACCGAGGCACCCGCUGGCUGUGUUGCCUUUUGUAAAGGCCGCCGCCGCCGACCCCGGUACCGUGCUGGUGCAUUGCAGUGCGGGCGUCGGACGGACAGGCACGUACAUAGUCCUCGACGCGCAACUCAACCAACUCAAGCUCACCGGAACCCUGAGCCCUCUAGGGUUCCUCUGUCGCGCGCGCACCCAACGGAACCACCUCGUCCAAACCGAAGAACAAUACGUGUUCGUCCACGACGCGUUGCUCGAACACGUCCGCUCAGGAAACACAGAGGUCGAGUUCGCCAAAGCGAGGGAAUAUCUAGUCAAACUACUCCAACCCAUCUCCGAAGACGAGCUAGCCGUUUUAGACCUUAAACCUACCAAGCAAAAGAGCGUUAAUGACUUGACAAAUGGAAUAGAAAACGGCGAGACGGCCAGCUUGAAAUCUAGUAAAGAAGUAAGCGAGAAUAAUGCGGAAAACGGCAGUCAACUCUCUAUAAAGACUGAAGAUUUGAACAGUGAGCAAAGCAAGAGUGUUAAAGAGGAUGAGGAGAGUAAAGAGGUGAUGGUGAAUGGGGAUGAGAGCGAGGGGGUGUAUGAUUUGGCGCCGAGGUCGACGGAUACGUACAGUAAGAAGAUGCAGGCGUAUAAUAAUAUGACUGAUCAGGAGAAAGAGGAGAUGAGGAGGGCGAAUCGAGUGGAAAACUACGCGUUGCUAGAGCGCAUGCGGUCUCUGGCGAAUCGGAAUCAAACGUAUCAGGGCCCGCCGCCAGUCAAUCUGCUCGAGAAACAGUUCUUGUUAAUAACGCGGUCGUGCGUGGACGCGUCGGUGUCUGCGCGCGCGCCGCACAACCUGGACAAGAACCGGCCCGGCGCCGCGCUGCCCUCCGACACGGCGCGAGUCAUGCUAGUGCCCAAACCAGGGGUAGAAGGAAGCGAAUACGUGAACGCGUCAUGGGUGUGCGGCCGACGGCGGUUGCGAGAGUUCGCCGUCACGCAACACCCUCCUCCCGAUGCCGCGCCCGAACUGUGGCGGUUACUAUGGGACCAUACGGCCCAGCUGGUCCUACUGCUGCACUCGCCGUCCGACCCGGAAUGCGAAACGUUCUGGCCCACCGAAGACGAAAAGGAACUGUUCGUCGCCAACUUCAGAGCGAGCUUCGUUUCCAAGGACACCUACGUGGCCCAUCGGAAGAGCAGCCGGAAACCGACCCCUACGGAAACCCCCGUCGAACCGGAAACCAAUGGCUACCGACGGCAGGAGUCAGACUGUGCUGACGACGAAAGACUAAUACCGGAAAAUAGCUCACCUGUGUCUGACGUAGAACCCGCGUACCGCUUCGACAGAACGGAACUCAGACUAGAGCGUCUCAGUACUGGAAACAGAGACUUAUCCGCCCGGAAAUCCAUAGCGAACGGCGACCUUUUCUCCUCGUUUUCGGAAAAGAAAUCCGGCCCAAAAUCACCUAAAAGUCCUUCGAAAAUGUCGCUCAAAAACUUCAAGUUAAGCUCCCCUACGAAGUUUAAGUUCCCCGAUUGGGGAUCGAGAACUGCCGGCUCCCCUCCCGACGUAGCCCCGCCCCCACCCCCUGUAGCGCCCUCUCUCACUGUCGAAGAAGAGGCGGAAUUAAGACGGCCGUGCUACAGGUUCGAAAAGGUCGAAAGCGUUCCAGAGAACACGCCUUCAGAUCGAAUAAUAGAAGUAACAAACGUCAGCGUACAUUCAUUACAAGACGAUUACCAAUUAAGUGUUAAGUUUAUACAAUGCUCUGGCUGGCUAGACGGAGAUACAACAGAGUAUACACAGGGGAAACCGGAUGAGAAUGAGUUUGUUAGAGCAGUGCGGGACGCUGUCAGUGAGAGCGAGAGGGAGGAGGCUGUGGAUAGGCUUAUAGCGCCUUAUAGGGACUCGUUCGCGCUGAUCGAGUUCGUUGCGGGGUGCCAGAUGGAGUAUAAGAAUGGGCCGGUGGUUGUGGUUGACAAAUUCGGUUCGUGGAAGGCGAUGUCGUUCUGCACGCUGAGCGCGGCGUGCGGCGGCGCGGGCGGCGCGGGGCGGGGCGCGGCCGACGCCGGCGCCGACGUGUACUGCUGCGCCGCGCUCGCCGCGCACGCGCGCUGCGCGCAGCCAGGCGGCCCGCCGCCCGUCGACCUGCGCGCGCUGCUCAAGCAGUACUGCGCGUUGGCCGCUUACGAUGUUGCGAAAAGCUGAGCCAGGUCGUCCAGUGAAAACUCAGCAUCGGACAUUAGCAAGUGAAUACUCAGUGCGUCGCGCCCGUACGUACAUAGCGUUACAUUAUGUAUAGUACCGUGUAUUGUAUAUCUUAAAGGAAUGUAUAAAUGGUAUAUGUACCUUCCGAGUCGAUUUCACGAGACAUUCAAUUCUGAACUCUGUCGCGUUGAGAAUAAAACUCAAUUUAAGUUACGCAACAGAGUUUGAAAUUAAAUGAUUUUUUGUUGACUGUAUAGAAUCGAUGUCUUAAUAGUAUUCUUAUAGGCAGCUAAGUUGGCAAUACUGACCAAUUAGUUUAAAACCGGUUUUCUGUUCUACACUAUUAGGCCCCCUACAUAGAGUAUGGAUGUAUGUAUAUUAGUGUUUUAAGACUGGAUUUCUGUGGUUCAUAAAUAUGCAAAUUUAUUUCUAGAACGCAGAUGGGUUAGUAAAAUAGUUUAUUUUUAAGAUUAGAUGUAUUUUUACGAAAGCUACUCAUUGUAUACGUAACCCACCUAUACGGAAAUAGACUAUAUUUCGUAACUGAUAAAAAAACGAAAAGUAUGACUAAGUAUUCGUUAAUCCUUUAGCAGCGGCAACAUAUGUGCCGGCAUGCGUGAAGCAAAAGCGCACCUAUUUCAGAAGAAAUACGGUUCGAAUUAGAAUGUUUCAAGAGAAACAUGUUAGUGAAAAAACACCGUAUAUUCGUUCUACAGAAUUCCCAGUUUUAAGACCCUAAUAUAAAAUCAUAGAAGGCUCAAGCGUAUGAUACAAUAAUUUAGUAAAAUCGCUGUAAGGCUUGUCUCUUAUGAAAUAAGAUGUGGUUGUGUGCAUUAUAAGGGAUACAUAAUUUUUCUAGCAAUUUUUUCUGAAUAGUUUCACAUGCGUAGGUAACUUUGGUCGCUCUCCUGGGGAUAUUACCUUUAUACACCUUUUUAUAGAGGGUGUGUCUGACCUUGGGGCUUUAAAACCAGGGCUCGAUUCUGCUCGCUAAACUGAGCUACUUUUAUUAUGGCACCAACCCUGAAAUCUCAAUUUUUUUUUUUAAUUUUUUCAUACAUUUUGGCUGAUCAGAUGACGACGUUUUCUAUGGAAAAGCCAAAAAAUUUCCCCGAUUUUAGGUUUGGUCCCAUAGUUAGUAAAAGUAGCUCAGUUUAGCGAGUAAAAUCAAGCCCUGGAUUUAAAGCCCUAUGGUUAGACACACCAUGUAUAAUAUUCAAAACUUCCUAAUAAUCUUAGCUAGUUGAAGUUUGUGCAUGCACUAGAAGUAUUAGCUUAGCACCCGAGCAUAUAAAAAUCUACGCAGGGAGCUAAGCUAUUAGUUUUACUCUUUGUAUCAAAAACAAGCUCAGACUUACGACUCUUUUGGAAGCUAUCCAAUUGUUUUAAAACCUAAAUAUUGUUAAAAAAUAUUAAUUUUUAAUUUAUACGUUUAUACAGACGGCUCCUGGUAACAAUUCAGUAUUUUUAGCACUUGAACACAAUUUUUAACACUAUUUCUACUUCAUUUUAUACGAGAUUGCAAUUGAAUUCAAGUUACAUCGUAUAACAAGUAACAAAAAUCAAUCUGUUUCUCAUAUUACACGUAUUUUAUCUAAUUGACUCCUCAUAACCGACUAAAGACAAAAUAACGCACAACAUACAUAUUGAUACCCUAGUUCACACUAUACGCAGAAAAUUUGGUUGUAAUAAAGACUUUAUGUCAAUGCAGUAUGGUACUAAUUACAAUAAAAUUUUCGCCAUAAUUAGUAAGAUUGUGAGCUAGGGCAGGCGUGUCUCACUCCGCGAUUUCUUCGCUUUGCUACAGGUAGCUAAAAGUGCAUCCGUUCCACACCAAUUUUGGGGUUUGCCAUAAGCCGUGCGUGGCGCUGUCGCCACCUAGCGGCCAUAUCUGUGCUGAUCGUGACAGACGCGUUUUGUUAGAGAGUGAGUCUUCUGUACCUAGUACUAUUAUUUAUUCUGUGGCUAGGGUAACAAUAUAUGCUCAGAGGUUCCCGGAGAGCGCCAAAGGUUAGCUUAGCAUAUCGAGUAAUUAUAAUUAUGAUUAUGCGAUUACGACGCUCUAGAAACGCUCAUUUGGUUACAAACCGCUAUUAAACAGUAAUUGAAUAAUUUAGAUUACAUAUUGUCACACAAACUGGUCGAACAUUGGAUAAUUAUUCAACCCAAUUCUAUAAAGGUGCAUCUACACUGCAGUUAAUUUUUUUGGAGCAACACUGUGCCACGGUAAUAUGUGACGUUAUCUAUGAAAAGGGGCCUUAUGUCGAUGGCGCUUACGCCAUUAUUAACGUUGCUCCGAUAUAAAUACAAUGCCGCGCGACGCUGUGAGG